GAGCUCCCAGCACUUCAGGAGCUGACCGUAUCAGUAAACCUGCACAGUGCCAAUCAUUCUACUAUGAUGACCAUUGCACUAUCUAUCUCGCGACUGCCGUUCACUAUGCGUAGUCUCAAGGUAAUAGGGUUGGUAUUCUGUCUCGCAGAUAUUUCUGCUCUCAAUCCCUUCUUAUUGGCACAGCUGUCAAUUAUCAAGGUCGCUAUCUGUCAACCGAAUGCAGUCCUCCACUUGCUCCAACGAUGUCCCAGCCUUUCCUCAUUAACGAUUCGCGUACACGCCAACCGUCCAAAAAAACAACCCAUCUGGCCAUCAUUUACUCACACCAGAUCAUUGUGCAUCGUUUGUGCACACAAACUAUGUAUCUGACCUGUUCAAUGUGCUAUCACUUCCCAAUCUUCACUUGCUUGAAACUCGCUGUGCUCCAUCACUCAGCAAUUUACGCUUGCUUACAUGAAGGCAUUCUUGGUACGGUUGAAUUGUCCCUUGGAGAGCCUAAUUUCCGGUGAUGGAGUAAUGACAACAUAUGAGUACUUGAGUAGCGAGUGGAAUACGAAUAUGACUAGCGGUGACCAAUUGUAACGAAAGUAUCACGUUUUCGCGCUAAAAUGUGUGACCUGCCGACUUCUGUGAGGGUGCCGAUUGUACCGCAAGGGAUAGUAUGCC